GUCUGGAUGUCCUGAUCCCCCCAGAUGUUCAACAAGGUCCUCGUCUCUACAUCCGACCACAAGAAGCCCCGUGUUGUGUUCGCUUGCAUAGCGGAUACAGACAGGCAAGCUUAGGCUGUAACCUCCAGCACCACAAUGAGCUGAUCGGAGAUGUUGACACUGCGGAUUAUGAUGGACGUCUGGUCUGGGUCUGCUCCGAGCUGCAUCACAGCCGCGGGGCUACUACGCUAACAACUACAACUUGUCGUAAAGGUACAUGAAAAGCACGUGUUUGGGUAAUAAUUGAAGUUUUUAACCUUGGAAUCAUUACGAUAUCUUAUUUUUAUCAACUCUUUAAAUGCUAGCUAAAACCUAGCUGUCUAUGUUUAUCCUCUAACGUCGCUGGCUAAGUGCGUAGCGUAGCGCUUUGAACUAAACUGACCGUAGAUCAGUGUCUAGAAGCCUCUUUGCGACCGUUAGUUUCAAAGGGAACAUUUAGAACUGACCUCUGAUCAGUCCUAUGGGGACAACUUCGCCUCUGUCUGCCUUCUCCUCCUCCGCCCACUCUAGUUGUCUGCGGGGUCCUAAUGCCCCCUUUUACACAACCUGUCAACUCAUCGACCGACAUAGAAAGAGGGCAGUGGGCUUUACAGUACACAAACAGAGGGUAGCCCAACACAAUAUGGCGCUGCAGUGAAUGACAAAUUGAAAACACUAUACCUUUUUCGUGCAAACAGAGUAAAGUGGCGGUAACCGUCAGUGUAACUGUGAUCAAGGCAUAGGCGAGCAUCCGAAUCUGUUGAUGAAUGUUGUCAUUCAUUCUUUUCUUAUUCCCAUCACAUCACACGACACGUGAAGCCGCCCCACGAGUGGGAGCCCCUCUUGCUACACACAGUUUCUCUCACCUAAACCGGACCCGCGCUUCAACGCUGUCAACUGCACACAAACGGUCCUGAUCAUGAGGCGCCUUUACCCCGAGGAGGAAACACAGGAAGAAACACUGUGUGAUGCUUUCAAAGGCGCCUCGACAAAUCCAAAUCUCUGAAGGUUUGCAGCUGUCAACAAUCCGGGAGGCGAUUUUUUUUUGUAGGAUAGUAGGGGAAGGUCCCGCCCUCCUUCGCCUCUGAUUGGUUAGAAGUACUGGGCUCCGAUUCGUUAUUGAUUAUGGCUGUAAAACGUCAUCGUCGGGUUAGGGUUAGGGUUAGGGUUAGAGUUUAGUGAUGGGCACUGCAGUUCUUUUAGAUGCACCGAAUCACUAGAAUCAGUUCACUAAAAAGAUUCGUUCAAAAGAUUUGUUCACCGAAUUACUGAAUCAUUCAGCGCUCAUUCAGGAGCCUGCGACUCUGACCUCCUAAACUGAUACACGGCUGAAGGUUCAGGAUUCAGUUCAAUUCAUAGCUUCUGGGACCGGGAGACAAGAGUGUUUAGCUGUGUUGCUUUGGCAAACAGGUUUGUAAAAAUGAACUUGUUUAAAAGUCAUGAUGUUUUAAGUGAACUGUCCUAUGGUAUGCUACUUAUUAGGUCAGCUCAGUAGAUUGGGCUCAGUGAGUGAUUUGUUCACUGAAUGUUUAAAAGAAUUCACUCCAAACCAUAGACUGUAUAUAGAAUGGACAGUCUGCCUUGCUGGGUGAAGCCACUCCUAGAACAGCACCCUCUGGUGACGGGCUGCAGUAUAGGUCAUAAAUCCCGCCUUCGCCAGCGAAGCUUACGGAGCUGUGGACAAACUUAAGAAAUUUAUUACAAAGAACACAAAUUUUUCUCCCCCCUGCUUGCGGUGUUGACAUGUAGUUACAGUAAGAUUGAUUUUUUUUUCUAAUUUUUUCUUAAUUGUAACAUUUAUUUAAGUUCUUAAUAUUACGAUCUUUAUUUUUAUAACUGCAUUUUGCACUACCUUUGUCUGUGAUGCUGCUGUGGCAAAAAAAAUUUCCCUCAUGGGGGAUCAAUAAAGGAAUAUUCUAUUCUAUUCUAUUUGUGCUCAAGUCCUCUUUUUUCUGUGUAGCUCAUGUUUUCUAUAAUUGACACCUGAUACAGUAUAUUGGCGUUCAGGGAUUGCGUAGCUCACCCAGGGGAUAUGCUGUUUGAGUCGAGCGUCAUCACACCGACUCUCAGCGACUCUCCCGCCGCAUGCGCACAAUGCUACUGCACAGCGCUGAUUCCAGGAAAUGAAGACACAUCCCGCAAAUACUGAGAGCCUUUUGGCUUCAAAUCCGUACACAGGCGGGAGGUGGAACCAAGUUGUCCAUAGUACAUACAGUCUAUGCGCUGAACAUGCGCCAUUCCCUCGCAAACUGCUGCAAUGAUCCGAUGCUGAAGGUUUCAUGCUCUACUUGUAACAUGCUGUGUCCUAUUGUAUGCAAGUUGUUGAAAAAAGUUAGUUUUAUCCAACAAAAAUGAUAUCAUAUGACAAGGUAUAAAAAGAGCAUAUCAGAGAGGCUGCAAGUUGAGGUAAGAAGUUCACCAUUCUGCAAGAGACUGUCAACAUUAAGAAACACUACUUUUCUUUUACAUAGAGGAGAGAGAGAAACGAUUACCUGGUAUGUCUGCACAGAAACCAGCACCUGCGAUGGAUUAGGGAUGAAAAAGUGCACAUGGCAUGAAUUGCUUUCACAUCUGGGAAGGCACCUGUAAUACUGAACAUGUUUUUUUAUACUGCCAUCUAGAGAUCCUUUUUCAGAGAAGACAUGUCCCAGUGAGACAAUACAAGAUUACUGCACAUAUCACAAAUGCAUGGCUUUAGAGUAAAACAGUAAAACUGUUCCGCCUGCAGCCCUGACUUUUGAAAAAUUAUUUAUAUCCAUAUCUAAUACUGCUUGUGUGUAUUUGAUUAAAUCUGACACCGCCCCCUAGUGGGACUACAGAGAUCUAUACAUUUUGAACUUGAAGGAUUGUGUUUUCGAGAGUGGCUCUAAUGCACCUGAGCUGACCCACAUAGUUUUCAGUGAACACCACUUAUUCUUCUGGGGUCUUCUGAGCAUCCAAUGCGCCCCAAGAGAGAGCCCACCUUCACAAGUAAAAGGCUACAACUUUUUAAAUACUGCCCUGUCUAUCUGAUGUUAACUUCAAAACGUAAAAUAAACAGUGGUACAAAUUAUCUUUAAUCACUAAUAGAUGUUGAGGUUAGACUUGUUGUUCUGUGCUUGUAAAAGGAUUAUGAAACAUGUAGGGUCUUGCAAACAUUUCGCAACUGCCUCUUCAUUUACGACAGUACACGAACGCAUCACGAGUUUCAGUUUUGGAAGAGAACUUGAAAUAAAAAGAUGCGUCGAAACUGCUAUUUAAAAUGAAUAGAAGACUAUGUAAAGCAUUCAAGUGAACACUACUGCUGGAGUUGAUUAAUAUACUUAAUUAAGGACAGCUCCUUCUCAAACUUCUUGUUGGUGAGCCUUACUGAAUCCUGAGUGUAAAAAUAUGACCUACCACCCACCAGUUACUCUGAAUGUGAUAAACGGGACGUGACAUUUUGUGGUGAUUAUGCCCUGAGUCUAGCCUUGUAGGUGACUAAUAAACAAGCCUCACCAUCAAUCAAUCAUUUUUGGGCCCUAUUCUUAUCACUUAAUGGAAAAGAAAUUCUUCCUGUAAUUUGCAGACCCUGAAUACAGAAAAUCAUUUUUAAAAAGUCUCAAAAACGACAAAGUUUUCAGACUGUGGAAGCAAGUUGCCCUCAAAAUUCUAAACGUCCUCAUAUCCUAACAUUAAUAUUUGUUAUACUUUAAUUGACUAUUUAACUAAAUAAAUAUCAACAUUGUAUUACCCAAUGAUUAGAGCACUAUCAGUGAACAUAUUGAUCAGGCGCUGAAGGUUCAUCAAAGGUCACCAAAGGUGCUCCAGAUAGUUUUAUGUGUAAUAGUAAAAUAUAAUUUUACAGGGAUUAGAAAAUAAACAAAAAGUUUGUGAAUAGUUCAGAUAGCAAAUGAUUUCAGAAUGAAUUGCCACCUCAUGUAAGAAUAAACAUAAAACAAGUAAAUAUGAAAAAAGUAGCACAUGAGAUUUGUACUUUAUUAAACCCAACAAAAGAUAGGUGUUGUUCUCAUUUUGUUUUGUUUAUUUUAUUUUUUUUAAUUUGUUUAUUUCAGGUGGAUGUUGGGCUCACAGACACCAUACCAUUUAUAUUAAUUAAUGUAAUUUUUCUCUUCUUUUUGUUUUGCCUUUAUCUUCACACCAACUUUUAAAAGUCAAACCAGACAGUUGGGGGCAGUAGCCACAAUAGCCUACUUGAACCUGACAGACAAUACUCAGGGUAAACCAACAUCCCAGGACCUGUAGCUUCUCACUUCCUGUUUCACCUCAAUUACUUUUCGAAGUUUCGACUCGGGCACCAGAUUGAGGAUGAUCGAGCGCGGACGGAUCGUCACAAAUUAACUCUGGGUUCUGAAAAUGGCGUUUGUCAGAGGGAUUUGCGACCAGUCCGGGGUUUAUCUCACAAGCUAAACCGCGUUUCCUGUCCUGAGAAAGCUCCCCUGUUGUGGGACCCGACCCGGGAUCAUGCCUGAACUGUCGAAGAUGAAGAAGCCCGACGUCAAGGUGGUUCUCCUGGGUGACAUGAAUGUGGGGAAGACGUCGCUGCUCCACAGGUACACGGAGAGGAAGUUCAAAGACACCAUCAGCACUGUCGGAGGGGCUUUUUUCCUCAAACAGUGGGGACCGUACAACAUCUCUAUAUGGGACACAGCUGGUAAUACUUCCCUUAUGUGACUUCUUAACAUACUGUUUGUCUUGAACCCCUAUCAAGUCUCACCCCUCUCUUGUCCCAACUGUGUUUACCUGACAACCCGUGAACCCACCACCUGAGGCAAUCACAGGCAUGUGACCGCUCAGUCAGGACAUUAAGCCUGUCUGCCUGCCACUUUGUCUGUUAUUGUUGAUUCCCACUGAUAAAAAUGAUAGGUUCAUAAUCCCUUGGACAAAACAAGCAUAGCAUGACUUUUUGGGACUCACAGAAUCAAAACACCUCAGGUUAAAGCAGGAUAAAUCAGGAUAAUCCCACUUACCUCUGUGAUUACCAAAAACAACUUUAAACAACUUCAAAAUUAAUCUCUGAAUUUUAUACACUGAUACACAAUAGAAGGGGUCUAGAAACUGCUCAUUAUUAUUUUAAUAAGAAUUUUAUAAGAACAAAUAUGCAAAUGAAAAGCCUGUAAUCACAGGCAUUAAAUUAAUUUAAAGCUCCUGUAAGGAACUUUUUGUUUGUGUUUAUUUUGGCACCCACUUGGAAUGAAAUAGUACCUCUUAUCCACUGCUGAAGGAGAAUAAGAGACACCAUUUUUAACACAAGUCAUAUUCUUUUAACAGUUAACAGUUCACUCCUGGUGAAUAUUUGAUACUGAAAAAAAUAAGACUAGCUUUUCACCAUCUUGUCAUUUAUCUGGUCUGACACUUUUCGCCUUAUAAGUGUUACAUCAUUAAAAACCACAGCACAGAAUUCAUCAGUAAUUUGCUCUAGUAGUAUGAUCUAGUUUGCUUUUGUAGGUCACUGAGAACCAUCACUAUUUCUGUCUGUGUUGUUACCUGAUAAAAAGUCCUCAGGAGCUUUAAUUGUCUUAAAAGUUAGAACAAUUCAUGAGCAACAAGUGUCCAUUUAUCAUUAAUCUUUGAUAAAUUGUAAUGAUGUGAGUACAUUUCAUUAUUAAGUUGUACUUCCACUCAACAGAGCCUGCUUCCUUCAGUUUCCAGCUUUCUUAAUGACUCAGAUGUAACAGUAAUGGUUCUUUGUCUCAAACUACAUUACUCAAUACUGGACUAACAUGACCCGGUCAAAGUCACUUGUCUUUGUACUACAGUUACACUUUAUUAUACAGAGCGCGUGAGCCUUUUUUGUAAAUUUCUGAGUAGCUAUUAGAUUGUGAGUUCUCAGAAAUAACCACCCUGGAAAAACUGAUAGUUUAAAGUUUACUGUCCUUAUCAAAAAAUCAUUGACUCAACACAACUAGGAAUGUAGAGAAGUAAAUGUAUGUAUGCUGUCGCUUAGGUAAUACAUGGUAGAUAGAAAAAUACUUUUGAAAUGCACUUUAAAUUUGUCUUUGAUUAACAAUACUGUCUGAACUGUAGGCUGCAAUUUGUGUCACAAGCUGCUGUGUUGCCACUAAUUUAGUUAAGUUCAUUCAACUUAAAAAGCAAAUGUCAGGAGUUUUCUCAACCAGGUAAAAAGUUAAUUCACUUAUAAGAUCUACUUGGUUUGAAUUAAAGCGAACAGUGUUUAAGAUCUGUAGUAAACAAACGAUAACAAUCAGACUAAUCAGCUUAAAUCAAAAGUUUAGAUUCUACUUAGAAAUUUAAAAAGUGCUGGUUUAACCUGUUGGAUUAAAAAGUGAAAUUAAGGAGUUGUUUUUACAGAUUAAAUGUCAAAAGUACUUUGAAGGAUAUCGUUGAUCUGCAUUAAUCUUUUUUUAUUACCAGAAACAGCACUUUUUUAAUGUAACCUUUAACAUUUAUUAACUCAUGCCUGUCAAAAGAGCCCUGACGGCUUCAUAAAAGGUUCUCAGAAACAACCUAGUUUGGCAGAGGCAGGGAUCAUGUGUGAUUCAUCUAGGCUCAUAAGUGCCUCACACUCCAUUGUUGUGUAAACUGGAGUUACAGUAAAACCUUUGACGCAAAACACACAUCACAAAAGUAAAGCUGCUCACCCACAGAGAGAUAAGCGGAGAAAAGAGCGUUCAUAUCAGCACUGAGACAUUUCCUUUCAGCGCUCUCAACCCCCCUGACCCCUGACUGCGGCCCUCAUGUUGUUCAGUCAGAGGGAGAGAAUUGCUGGAUCAGCGCUGAGUCAUUGAGUGUUGCCGAGACCUAACGGCACGGAUCAUAAAGCUUUUGAAGAGGAUCAGUUUGAAGGGGAGUCCUGAAACCUGUUGGAUGUUUGGCUCGGCACAUAAAGAAACUGCUGCUUAUUUUCUGAUGAAUGGUGCUCUCUUUACUUUAACCGUUUAUCUGAAGAGCACAGUGAGGGUGUUUUGGCUGUCUGCUCUGUUCCUCUUAAUAGUCACAUGACAGGACCGUGACAGGAAGACUUGACUCUUCUUUAUUUUUCUUAACAUGUCUUUACAAAACGGUCCUAUUUUUGGAAGCGCAAAGACUGAGACACACCAUGAAGAAAAACUAAUUUUCCAGAUCUGACCUUUAGCUAAUUAUGAUUUAUCUAUUUGCUUCCAAGGAUAGAUCAAGCAUAAAAUACAAAAUAUAGUCUUGUGCCAGGGAUACAAAUGUGUAGAUUUGUUGCUUUUUAAAAUCAUAUCAAAUUAUAAAUGGGCAAUCUUUUGACUCUAAAAUGAUGGUUAAAUUGCGCUUUUUAACAAAAAAAUCAAAUUGAGAAAAGAACAGCUGAUUCUUUUAUAAUAAAAUAACAUUUGGCUGCAACUACAGGUACUUUAAACACAUAUUUUCCAUAUUGAAGGUAAAACAGUUUGCAGAAGUUAUCUUUUAGAACUUUUUUAGCUUUAAAUGCCUCUUGAAAUGUGUAAUUUGGUAAGAGUUUUCACUCAGUAGAGAGCUUCACACGUGUACUUUGGUGGAAUAUGGCAAAAUGAAAUGGACAAAAUAGCCUUCAGAAUAGUCCCUAAAUUGUGUCAAAGGCUCUCUUAAUCUGUUUUGACAAAAUCGGAUUAUUAACCAGUUUGGAAAACGAGGAUUAAUACAGUUUAUCAAAUAAAAGAUUGACAUAAAGAGGAAAAAACUAUGCAUGAUCAAUUUGAUGCACCAAGAGGCCAAAUACUGAGACAAUGCUCUCCUUCAAGACUCCUGCAGAUUUCAACAACAAGGCUUGGUUCUGUUUCCAAACUGCUGACUGUCUUGCACAACUUCUCUUUGUACUUUGUGUCCUUUUUUUUGUUCAAACUGUGUGUAUUGGCUGCUCAGUGUGUGUGUAGGAGUUGAGGACUCUGUUGAUGUGUGUGUGUGUCUCCUCAGGUCGUGAACAGUUCCACGGUUUGGGCUCCAUGUACUGUCGAGGGGCGGCUGCUAUCAUCCUCACUUACGAUGUCACCAACUGGCAGAGCCUCUCUGAACUGGAGGAGCGCUUCCUGUCCCUGACCGACACCGCUAACCAUGACUGUAUCUAUGCCUUAGUGGGCAAUAAAGUGGAUCUCACUGACCCUAAAGCCCAUCAGUCCCAGGACUCAGAUGUGGCAUCUGAGGACAGAACUGAUAGUGAAGACAUGAGGACAGAACCACAGCUCCCCACACCUCCUACCUCCCCUGCAUCCCUCUCUGGAGUGAUGCUGCAAAAACAAGUCACGCCCGAGGAUGCAGCGGCUCUUUACGGGAGGAUACUGCGCUAUAAAGGUCUGGAUGAAACCAGCAGCCAGCCUGCAGAGAAGAUGUGCUUCGAGACGAGCGCCAAGACGGGCUACAACGUAGACUCUCUGUUUGAGGCUCUGUUUGACCUGGUGCUGCCUUCAAUCCUGAGGCAGAGAAACGAGAACCAAGAGUCUCCCACGGUGGACCUGGAGGAGUGCAGAGGAAGCAGUAACAAGCGGGCCAAAUCCAGCUGCUGCUAGGAUCUUUCAGGAAAGUGAACACAAGCAAAGACUGGUGUUUUAAUGAGGAUGAUCUACACCAAAUACAUACUGUGAUGGUACUACUCGUGUGCUCUGAGACCCAGCAGCAUCAGUAACCUCUGACUGCAUGCUCUAAACACAAACACACAUUCUUGAUCCUGUGAGAACAACCAGAAUAAGCAACUAGCUUUAUAUUUAUUCCAGUGACAUUUCAAGUAUUUCUUUGUGAGGAAGGGAGACAAAUGUGUUCACAAGGUAGUAGAAACAUUUCACCAUGAUGACUGAAGCUGCACUUACCUCCUGAAGGGGUUUCCACGAAAUCAAACUAACACACACACAAAAAAAGUCAAACACUGUUAUCUGAGUUUCAGAACUAGAACCACAAAUUUUAACAGCACUAACUGUUAGGGGUCAGUGAAGCAGUGGACUGAUUUUGCUCUGUUUGUUCUAUAAAGUUUAAUAAAUCACGCUUUUGUUUCCUUUUAUGCUUCAAAGCCUUGUUCACAUUUCAUUAAAAUAUAUGCAGCUUUUCAAUGAUUGUAAAUAUGAAAUCCCCUUGAUGAAUUUUGUAAGUAUGCUGUUAUAAUAAAGAUUUUUAUUUUGCCUGUUUGGUCUGUCAGAUUAAUAUAAGACAGGGAGAGUUCAAUAAAGCGGACAAACACAGUAAGAAGUAAACAUUUAAUCUAUACAAACCAAUGUAAUGAUCAUAAAAUUACUGUCAUUAUAUUACAAGCUAAACAAAUGUCAGCGGGUUUGCAGUCCAAUCACUGUUUAUUUCUAAAAAAGGGAAUGUAGCAGAACAUUUGACCUACUUUCUAAACUGUGUGGAAAAAAAAAGAGUGUAAUCUGACCUGAGAUCAGUUACCAGAACAGGGGUUUGAUACAGUGAGACCUUUGAUCCGAGCUGUUUACAUUCUGUCCCGCUGCAAGUUCAGACAUUAGUACAUUUGGAAAGGCAAGUGAGUGCGUCAUCAGGAGAUUAGAUAUGAUGAAGUUUAUAUCUAAGCUCCUCAGGAGGGAGGGGGGGGUCAAGUUUAUUCAGCUGACAUAAAUAUAAAAAGAAUCAGUGCAUUGUGUGAUCACGGAGAGUAUGAAACAAAGUUGUGGAUAUUUUUUCAAACAGAUAAAAGCAUGGAAACAGAAAAGACUGUUAUAUAAUCAAAAAAGGUCUGUAAAGAGUCAUGAAAUAAAAUGCAGAUAAUACUGUCAAUAAAAUCAGCCAAAACGUAUUGAAAAUAUUGCUAAUGAAGCAGUGUUAGUGGCUCUAUUUUGGGCAGGAUACCCCAAACAAUACAAACAGAAGCAGAACUAGAAGAACUGAAGCAGUGCAUAUAUAAGGCGUCUUUGGUUCAGCUGUAUUUGACGGUCUCUGAUUGUUAAUCAUACGUGUAUCAUAAUAGCUGAGGUAAUAAGUUAAACAGUAAGCACCAAUCCACAUCUCAAAAAUACUACAAAAAUAAUCAUCUCCUCGGGUUCAUUGAUCUGUACUCAGUCUCAUGUCCACCAUCUUAGUGUGCAGGAGUGUUGGCGUGUGUGUUUAUCAGUGUCUGUGUGUGUCUGUGUGUGUGUGUGUAUCCAGGGGAAUAGCAUCUGGGAUAGUUUUUUGUUUUAAAUUAACUGUAAAGCACUUUGGUUACACUCUUUGUGGGAAAAGCGUUUUAUAAAUAAAGUCUGAUUGAUUGAUAUAUUGAUUGAUUGAUUUAGGCUCAUCAUGUUACACAGGGCUCUAUUUUCGUGCCUUGCUGGCGGUGUGGCGUAGGCACAGCCUAAGUCAGGUCCGCCGCGCCGAUGAGGCGUGCCCAAGCACACAUUGGUAUUUUAGUGAGCAGCCCGGCGUAAGUAUCCCCUCUCCCUAACUCAGCUCCUCCCAGCAGUGUAAGUAGGAAAGAGGGAGGGGAUAGGGCAUGGAGUGGGUUUAACACAGCCGAGUCCUGUUUUCACCAAUCACAUCAGCUCCUCUCCUCAUCUUUAAAUCCGCCACCAGUGAGGCAUAUUGCAAAUUUUGUGAAGUAGUUGAAGAGAUGACUGAAGACAGCACAAGCUGGCGGCAGGAGGCAGCCCCUCAAGGAGUGUUGCUCUAAGUGCUGCAGGGUAUCCCCUAAACUCUCUCAAAUAAGAACGCCUAGACUAGGUUGCACUAGAUGAGACGAAAAUACCACUGUGCGGGAUGCGCCACCCUACGCCGCGCCGCCGGUGGGGACGAAAAUAGAGCCCGGUCUUUUCAUUUCUGAGCUCUGUGUAUUUGGAGGACAGUUUCUCAUUUACAGUAAUGUUAUUACCUGGAUUGAGAGACAACACCAAACCACCGCCAAAGUUAGAUUUCUUUCCACCCACAUAAAUGGGGAGUUUUUUUUUGUUAAAGGUUCUUCAUGCAGACUUGGCAGCGGCUGAUACGUGACAGGAGCUGUCCUGCUUUGAGUGUCUCUGACGAUGGAUCAGUGUGGAACGACUGAUCGACAGAGGUUAGCCAGAAGCUGUGCUCGUUAGCGAAGUAGUGGCAAGUGCCUUUGGCCCC